AAAGCCACGAGUGAGAACGCAGCAUGUUCUCUGUGGUCUGUAGACCUCUGAACAGCCUGACAGUGUCCGGUGCUCUGCGUAAAGCUACGGUCGCAAUGGCAGAAGCUCUGGCCAAAGUCCCCGACGUGGAGAUUGAUCCAGAGGGAACGUUUAAAUACAUUCUGGUCAGGGUGAAAGUGAAAGAUGGCGAUGUGCACAAAGACAUAGUCCGAGGCACAAAAAGUGCAGAGUAUCACAAUCACAUAUUUGAGAAGGUCAAUCCGGCCAUGGAGGCCUUGGGGAUGGAGUGUAAAUGUCUGGGAGGAGGGAAGAUGGAGCACAACAGCCAGGAGAAAAAACUCCGAGUGUUUGGAGAAUCCACAGCGUUUGGUAAAGCCGACCACGCUGCAUCUGUGGAGAAGCUGAAGACUGUCUUCAGUGACUAUGAGAUCACCUGGUCUGAUGAUAAGAAAUGAGAGCAAAAACCUUCGUGUCAUUUCAGAUUCCAGCCUUUAUUUAUGAAUACAGAAACCACAUGAUAGUGCUUUAACUCUUCAAAUAAACUCAGUUUUUCUGCAUCUAA